GAAUCCAGGGAGUUACAGAGAGAGAGAGAGACACGGAGUUGAGGCGAAACUCGACGAUGCUGUGGUCGGGUCGAGUGUUGGCGGUCUCGUACCCAGUAAAACCGGCUUUUCCGUACAGUUUUCCCAAUUGGAGCGCCAACUUUUGUGAUGUAAAGCCUAAGCUCCACCCGAGAUGGCGACUCAUGGCCGCCUACCCUGAACCCUCCUCCUCCUCAUCUUCUUCUUCUUCAUUUGCUGCCUCCAUAGAAUCCGAUCCUACCGACAAGAACGCCUCCGGAUUCUGUAUAAUAGAAGGCCCAGAAACAGUGGAAGACUUUGUCAAAAUGGAAUUGCAAGAGAUUCAGGAUAAUAUUCGUAGUCGUCGGAACAAGAUUUUCUUGCAUAUGGAGGAGGUUCGCAGGCUGAGAAUACAACAGAGGAUUAAAAAUGCAGAACUUGGAAUUUUAAAGGAAGCUCAAGAGAAUGAACUUCCUAAUUUUCCAUCAUUCAUUCCAUUUUUGCCUCCUUUGAGUUCGGCAAACCUUAGGCUGUAUUAUGCCAGCUGUUUUUCUCUUAUUGCCGGGAUUAUCAUUUUUGGCGGCCUCCUAGCACCUACUUUGGAGCUUAAGUUGGGAAUAGGAGGCACAUCAUAUGAAGAUUUUAUCCGAAGUGUGCAUCUACCAAUGCAGUUGAGUCAGGUUGAUCCAAUUGUGGCAUCAUUCUCUGGAGGAGCAGUUGGGGUCAUCUCAGCAUUAAUGGUAGUUGAAAUAAACAAUGUAAAACAGCAGGAGCAUAAAAGAUGCAAAUAUUGUCUUGGAACUGGAUAUCUUGCUUGCGCUCGCUGUUCAAGCACUGGAGCGCUAGUUCUCAUUGAACCAGUGUCAACAGUCAGUGGUGGAGUUCGGCCUCUAUCGCCACCGAAAACAGAAAGAUGCUCAAAUUGUUCAGGAUCUGGAAAGGUUAUGUGCCCCACGUGCCUAUGUACUGGAAUGGCAAUGGCAAGUGAACAUGAUCCUCGGAUUGAUCCUUUUGACUAGAGCCGCGUCAUCGAGUAUGGACAUCUUGCCCAUAAAUUGUCUUCUACUCUCGAGAAUUAACUAACAUUCCUCUGUAAAGAGGAUAUAUAUAGUAAGCAAGAUUUAUACGAUGCCAAGCUUUUAUCGGUAAGUAUUAUUCACACGCUGUUUAGGUUGAUGGGAAGGAGGGAUAGAGAGGAAUAGGAGAUAAUUGAAAGGAGGAAUCACUUUGUUGCGGGUCUGUUUGGUUGCUGAGAAAAUUGUGAGGGAAGGGGGCCCGAUGUUCACAGGCAUCUGCAUCCGAGUCGGUGGAUGUGCCCACGUGAGAGGCUUUCAUGGCCUCCAUUCACUCGGCUUCGGGCCACUCCAAAAGCCAGCAGUUCCCUUUAUUUUUCCUGUCAGUUUAUUUUUUUGAGUAAUGAGUUUGUUAUUAACUGUUUUCAGUACACGAGUAACAUAUAUCAUUUCCUGAAACUUAUUUUUGAAGUCCGCACUAUAUAAUGAAUGCUUUGAAAAUCUUUUUGUCAAA